CAUACGAUUUCCCCCCAAAAAACACAAUGCCAUCUCCCCACCACCCCUCUUUAGUACUCCUCCUCAUCACUCUGUUUCUCUGCUCAACGCAAUCCCAAUCCACCAAAUGCCGAACUUCCUGCGGCACCACCCAAAUCAACUACCCCUUCGGAAUCGACGACGGCUGCGGCAGCCCAUACUACCGCCACAUCCUCCACUGCACCGCUUCCGGCCAACUCCAAUUGAGAACGCCCUCAGGAACAUACCCAAUCGAGACCAUAAGCUACACAGAGCGCCACAUCAAAAUCACUGACCCCUCAAUGUGGAACUGCGACGACGCCCAAAACUUCCGCCCCACCAGACCCUUCAGCCUCGACACCAGCACCCACCUCACGCUCUCAUCCCAAAACGACUACCUCUUCUUCAAUUGCAGCGACGAAGCCGUGAUCGUGGCCCCCAAGCCGAUGUUCUGCGAGCGCUUCCCGGAGCGGUGCGAUUCGUCGUGCGACAGCGCCAGCUACUUGUGCAGGCACCUGCCCAAGUGCGGGGCGGCGCUCGGGGGGAGCUCCUGCUGCUCCUACUACCCCAAGGCGACCGAGUCUCUGCGGCUGAUGCUUAGGUACUGCUCCAGCUACACCAGCGUGUACUGGAGGAGCGUCGGGGCGCCGGAUGAGCCGUACGAUCAGGUGCCGGAAUAUGGGAUUCGGGUUGAUUUCGAUAUUCCGGUUUCUAGCAGCUGUUUGCAUUGCCAGGAUAUGGCGAGAGGAGGCGGAACUUGCGGCUUCGAUACGCAGACUCGGGGUUUCUUGUGCCUCUGUGGGGAACGCAAUGUCACUACUUUUUGUGGAGAUCAUGACACGUCUCAACAGAAGACGAGGGAAGCAGUAACAUAUGGGACGGCGGCAGCGGUGUCGGCCGCCGGGAUGUUCGUAAUGGCAGGCGUUAUUUGGUUUUUGAGAAGAGUAAGAGCCAAAGCUCCGGUAACCUGCGGGGUUCAGAGCAAUGACAAUAGGCUUUUUUAAUCAUCUUUCUGUUUUAUUUUUUCACAUACAUAUUUGUUGUUUAAAUAUUUACCCAACACAAAACUAUAGAUUAUACAAUUUUGUAGAAAUUAAUCAUACAUAACUGGUAUAGCUUCAUAUAUAUUUAUAUCUCAUCAACCAAAAAGAUUAAUCUUCUUGGGAGUGCCCAAACAUACUCACAUGCUUCAAAAGAAGCUAGGGUAUAGCACUUUAAUAUACAGCAAAGAAAAAAAAACAGAGAUUAAUUAGGCA